AGUAGAAACCAUGGGGACCAAGCGCGCGUCAGUCUCACGCAGCAGUCACCAGCGUUGGUCUGUUAUUGUUGUUCACGCUUUCAAACACGGUUGAGCAGUUUUCACAGCGAAAUGGACGCACAGGCACAGUCUUCGACCGUCGAUGUGGGUGACUACGGAGCGUACGGUGCGCUACAAUACGCUUCGCUGACAAAGCAUACGUGCGAAUAUUUUGAUGUAGAAACGGAUCCUCUUUCAAUCGUGUCGAAAAUUACUCCGGAUCCGGAAGCCCUGAAAAUGGACGACGACUACGUGGCACGACGUAAGAGACCGCCGUUUCCUCCGAGGAGUUUGGAAGCUCUUGAAAAACUCCUCGGUCACUUCAAACGCGAGAAACCCAAUCCACCCCGGCCGUCCGACAUCUUGAUGGAAGGGCUCGCCGAGGAGUUGACAGCGGCUGAACUGCGGGACAGGUGGAUGUUGCUCUACAGAGACGUUUACGGCCCCAAAGAACGGCCGCACUUUGACUUACCGAUCGAGCCGGACACAAUGAUUUUGGGAGAAAUGACGGUCGAAAAACUCAAAGAGACUCCGUUGUACAAGAAAAUGUAUAUGCGCGGCUACAACAUGGGAGUCAAGGAUUCGAAAGCUUGGUGGGCGAAGCACCGAGUAUCCGGUAAACCCUCCGCGGAGCCGGGACCGAGCUCUCCGCCGACAGCAGAGCCACAGCCACAACGGGACACGAAACCGGGACCGAGCCAAGGAUCGAAACGGAACCGGAACCGAGCCGCCCGCCGACAGCGGAACCGCCGGAACUGAGCUGACUGUUGAUCGAGGAGGCGCCAUGUGACACAGAAACGAGUCGGCUGCUGACAGAAGAGCUUUCGCGCGACACGGAACCGGAACUGAGCCGCCCGCCGACUGCUAACCUAAGUUAGUCACUUCGUUGCUCCUCGUCCGGUCGUGUUAUGUUAUCAAUGGUUCAAGCCCGGUGCGGCAGUUCAGUAGUGUUUCCGAACAGUUUUUGAACCAAUUCGCCUACGGUCCAUAAACUGAUAUGGUCGAUAGUAUUGUAACUUUUAUUUUGUAUUUUUGUAAAUAUAUAAGACGGU